AUGGCUAAGAAACCAUUUACCAUGGAAAAAGAGAGCAAAGACUUGUUGCAAACAUGCGUUCCAGGAGUCACCGUCUCCACAACACAUGAUUCUUGUACUGAUUCCCCCCGAUUGUUUCACUACUAUCACAGCUAUCAGACUUUGUACGUGGAAGAUGACGAGUACAAUGAUGAUGCUGAUGAUGAUGAAGGCAGUCCUAUGUAUCAUUCUUCUCCCAUCACACAGCAUGUGCCUCGGCUAGAAGAACAACGACAACGGAAUCGAAUCAUACUCUUGAUUCGUCUGUCGUUGUUGUUGAGUGCAGUUUGGUUCUAUUGUUACAAUUCUUCUACCACAACCAACAGCAACGAAAGUCAAUCAAACCAUUCGUCACUUCCAACCUGGACGGUAGAAAAUGAAACCGCAACAAAUGCUACUCGUGUUGGUGACGAUCGUCAAGACCACAUCUUGACCGCACUCAAGAAUUUGGACGAAGAUAUUCAGGGGGAUAUUGUCCUUGCCUCUACCAAGCAAAAGUUUCAAAUGGCGGCCAAAGUGUGGUCCUUGGGACGAGAGCCGCCACUUGCCGUGGUGGAAGCUUUUAGUAUACAAGAUGUGGCGUUGGCCGUCCCCAUUUUGGCGGGACUCUCCAAGGAAUACUCGCUCGAAUUUCGUGUCAAGUCGGGAGGUCACUCAUUCGAUGGGGCCAGUACUGUCCAAGGGGGAGUCAUGCUCUCCUUGGCCAAAUUGAAUGCCAUGACACUCUCGUGGGAUCCCGAAAACGAUGACGAUGAUGAUGCUAAUCAGACGCAAAGAAUGAAAAUGACAACGACUCCACAACACCGGAAGCAGCAACAACAAGAUCCAUCACCCAAGACGGUCAUUGUGCAAUCUGGUGUCAAAAUGGAAGACUUCUUGGGAACCGUAUUGGACCAGCACGGAUACGAGUCAGUGGUAUCCUCGGCUGCUGGCGUAGCCUUUGGUGGCUUUUUGCUGGGAGGUGGCUAUGGUUCUACUUCCAGGCUUCAUGGAUUGGCCAUGGAUCAAGUUAUCAGGAUCAAGGCCGUGCUAGUGAAUGGAACCGUGGUAGAUGUGUAUGCACCAAACGCAACGACGACAAGAACUAGCUUUAGCAGUAGAAGUAGUCAAGACAAUGACAAUGAUGACCUCUUUUGGGGACUCCUCGGGGCAGGAGGUGGCAACUUUGCAGUGGCAGUCGAGUAUGAACUCAAGGUGUAUCCCUCCAAGGAUAUGAAAUUGGGUGCCAAGGUGAAAAUGCCAAUUUCUUACUUGACACAGUUCUUGCAAAAGGUGGGAGAAAAAGAACCAAAAUUGGAUGACAGGUUUAUUGCUUCUGUAGAAGAGUUUGAAUUAAGUGGUGGGGGCUCUUCCCCAGAUGGUGGUGAGGAUGAUACUCGUUCCUUCCAAUCCAAACUUUUGAAAUUGAAAUCCGAAGCCAAGAAUGGCUAUCGUUUUUCUCGUCUAGGCAAGACGAAUAAUAAUGAUGAUCAGUACAAUGAUACUGAAGAGGAAGGAACUGCAACGGUGACAUUACACUGGAUGGGGGACUCCAAUGGUGGAAGCGACGACGGAGAGGUUGGAAUGGACUACAUUAACCAGAAUGUUGUGUCUCUGAUUCCACAAAAGGUCCGCAAGGAUGUGACAGUCAGCUAUUAUUAUUUCUCUUGGUCCGGGAUUACUCGACAAAAGGAACAAUCCGAGACUUGGAGGACAGUCUGGGCGGCCCAAGCGUGGAAUGGCUUUUUAAUGCCCGAAAAUAAUACUGCUGCUGUUUGGCAAAGCAUCUACAAGGAUAUGAUGACCAUGUUUCAGUACUGCACCUUUUUGGUUCCCAAUAUCGAACUUUGGGGUGGUGCCAUUUCACAACGUACUAACAAUGAAACAGCCUUUGCACAUCGGCAAGCGGUCUACAAUGUGGGAGUCCGACUAAUGGUGCCAAAUGGUACCAAAGAGGAGCAACAUUUCUCUGAAGAUCAAUCGGCAUUGGUGAGUGCAGUAUGGCCAUCGAUUGCAAAGCAUUUGCAAGGAGUCUAUGUGAAUUAUCCAAUGUCCAGCUUGGCCAAGGAAGACUAUCCCAAUGCCUACUGGGGCGAUAAUUUGGAUCGCCUCGUCAAACUGAAGGAUCAAUUUGAUCCUGAUAACUAUUUGCACCAUCCUCACAGCGUGCCAAGUGCAAAGAAAUGA